CAUAAUUUUGGCUUACUACCGUUGUUGUUUUUGUUGUUGUUAAUCUAAAUUCAUUCAAAAUGCCCGUCAUUUCGGCACAGCCAUUAACAUCGGCCAUUGGGCCACAAUCAACAACAACAGCAACAACAACAACAACAACAACGGCAACAUCUCCACCAAUGACAACCACAGCCACCGAAAUCGAUCAAACAUCAACAUCAUCAACAAAUGCCGAUGACCAAAUGGCUCGGCCAUCGACACCAAAACCGAUCGAAUCGUUUAAAAUUGGUGAUCCUGUUUGGUUUGACGAUGGCAGCAAUGAAACAUUGAUGCCCGGAAUCGUGCAAGAAUGUUCAGAUUCAAAUCAAAUAAUUAUCGUACACAGUACGAUUCCAAGUGAUCAGACUCAAGAAUAUAAUAUACAAAAUCAACCGCAAAACAUACGAAAACGAAAUGAUUUUCUACCGAAUAUUAAUAAUCAAAAUAAUGGCGAAGAUGGUAUUGAUGAUAUGAUUAAUUUAAAUGAUUUACAUGAAUCGGCUUUGUUUUGGAAUCUGAAAAAACGUUAUGAACGAAACAAAAUUUAUACAUUUAUUGGAGAUAUUCUUGUAUCAUUGAAUCCAUACAAAAUGUUUGAAAUUUAUGGUCUAAAUAUUGUGAAAAAAUAUCAAAAUCAUAAUCAACUUUAUUAUCAACAUCGUUUAUCACAACCACCGCAUUUAUUUAAAAUUGGUGAUUUAGCCUAUCAAAAGCUGUUGAAAGAUAAUCAAAGCCAAAGCAUAUUAAUCUGUGGUGAAAGCGGUUCAGGUAAAACGGAAAACACUAAACUAUUGUUACAAUAUCUUGCUGCCAUCAAUAAAUCACCAUCAAACAUAAUAACUGAACAGAUUUUAGAAUCCAUACCAUUAUUGGAAACAUUUGGUAAUGCAAAAACUAGCCGUAAUAAUAAUGCAAGUCGUUACUGUAAAUACAUUGAAAUCUAUUUUAACACUAAUGGCAUUAUAAGAGGCGCCCGUACAAUCGAAUUUUUGCAUGAGAAAUCACGAAUCGUUUCACAUAAUCAAGAUGAACGUAAUUUUCAUAUUUUCUAUGAAUUAUUGGCCGGUCUAAGCGAUAUGGAGAAAGAAAAAUAUGGUCUUCAAGCUGCGGAAAAAUAUUUUUACCUCAAUCAAGGCAAUUGUAUUGAAAUAGAUGGCAAAGAUGAUGCCGAAGAUUUUCGUUUUUUGAUCGGUGCUAUGCAAGUUUUAGGUUUUACCAAUGAAGAACAGGAUAUAAUUUUUCGAAUAUUAGCAUCGAUUCUUCAUUUAGGCAACGUUUAUUUUCAUCGUAAACAAUUUCGUCACGGGCAAGAAGGCGUAGAGAUUGGUAGUGAUGCUGAGAUUCAAUGGGUGUCACAUUUGCUUCAUAUUCCCAUCGAAGAUAUAUUUAAAAUAUUGACCGUAAAAGCCACCGAAACACGAACCGAACUUAUUCUCACACCAUUAAAUAUUGAUCAAGCAUUAGACAUUCGUGAUGCCAUAUCGAAACUACUUUAUAUGAGCCUAUUCACAUGGCUUGUUCAUCGUAUCAAUCAUAUUGUCUAUAAAAGUGACCUAUCUUCACGGCGACCUAAAAUAGCUGUACUAGAUAUGUUUGGUUUUGAGAAUCUAAAAGAGAAUAGCUUCGAACAAUUGUGCAUUAAUUAUGCCAAUGAAAUGAUGUUCAAUCAUUAUAUUAAAUGUAUAUUCAAAUUAGAACAUGCUGAAUAUAUGAAGGAAAAAGUGGAAUGGAAAAAUAUUGAAUAUCCAGAUAAUCAACUGAUUAUUAAUCUAAUAUCGAAAAAACCGAUUGGAAUAUUGCCAUUAUUGGAAGAUGAAAGUAAUUUCCCAAAAGCUAGUGAUAAUUCAUUUCUUGAAAAAUGUCAUUAUAAUCAUGCAUUGAAUGAAAUCUAUAGCCGUGCACGAAUGAAUGCAUUAGAAUUUGGAAUCAAACAUUUUGAAGGACAAGUUUGGUAUAAUAUUGAAGGUUUUCUUGAAAAGAAUCGAAAUAUUUUGAAAGUGGACAUUGUUGAUGUUCUUCAAUCGACCAAGAUGCCAAUUAUGAACAAGAUUUUUUACUAUGCUCGUGAAUUAACGGAUAAUGGCCGUCAAUCGCAAAGAAUCGAUAAUCGAUUUAUAACGAUGAAACCUCGUGCACCAACUGUUUCGGCACGUUUUCAGGAAUCAUUGAUCAAUCUAUUUGAAAUUGUUUCACAAACAAAUCCUUGGUUUAUACGUUGUAUUCGACCAAAUAAUGAUCGUGAACCAAUGAAAUUUGAUGAUAAAAUUGUUUUUGCUCAACUACGACAAUCAGCAUUAUUAGAAACGAUCAAUGUUCGCAAAGAUGGCUAUUCAGUACGAAUGAAAUACGCACAAUUCGUAUCACGUUAUCAUAGUUUUAUCAAUACUAGUCAAUUACCACGUGGUACACCAUCAAAAGAGAUUACACGAUUAAUCAUGGAAAAGUAUAUACCCGGGAACCAAGGUUAUCGAUUAGGAUUUUCGAAAAUAUUUUUGAAAGAAUCAACUGAAACAAUAUUGGAAAAAGAACGACAUAGAAUAAUGAUCAGAGCUGUUUCGAAAAUUCAAGCAUAUGUUCGUGGUUAUCUAGCUAGACAUCGUUAUAAUAGUAUGAAACGUGGUGCAGUCAGCAUUCAACGUGCCUAUCGCGGAUAUCGUCAACGUCGUAAUUAUCAAACACUGAAACGUGGUAUUGUUCGUUUGCAAGCAACGUUUCGUGCCCGACAACAACAAAAAGAAUAUGAACAAUUUCGUACAUUGAAACAUAAACAUGAAAUGGAACGAAUGAUAAUGGAAAAUAAUAAAGCUACUACUACUAAACAUAAUUUGUCAUCAAAUGUUGGAAAACAAUCAAAUGGUCUUGUCGAUUCAACCAAUAAUAGUGGUUCAUUAAAUCAUUUAAAUUUUGAUCCAGAAUUAGCCGAUUUAUUGGAUAAUCUUGAACAAUGGAAAUGUGUUCAUCAAUAUGGUGAUAUUAUUAAACAAGUAAAAGCGGUCAUACCAUCGAAACAACCGAAUAAAAUUCCACGUGAUAUUGAUCAUCAUUCAUUUGCCAAAUUUACAAACAUUUAUUUUCGUUCACAACAAUGGUCAGCAAAACAGGAGCCAAUUAAAACGCCAUUUUUACAGAAAAAUUCUGACGAAGAUUUCCAUGAAUCACUUUCAUUAUUUAGUUUAAUUUUAAGAUUUCAAUAUGAUCAAGAAUUAUCUGGAAAAAAAGAGAAACUUUUUGCCGAUUAUAUUGCAAAAGGUCUGGCCAAUUUAAAUCUACGCGAUGAAAUUCUUUGCCAACUAUGUAAUCAAACAUGGCAAAAUGAUAAUGUCGAUGCAUGUGAUCGUGCAUGGACAUUGAUGAUACAUUGUCUUAGUUCAUUUUCACCAAGUGCAUUGCUUUAUAAAUAUUUAUUGAAAUAUGUAUCGGAUCAUGCACCGAAUUUGAUUCGUCCAAUCUUGCAACGAUUAUUGCUUAUAAAUGAUCAUCAUGAACAAUAUAAUUGUCGAGCUUAUCCACCAUCGCUUUUGGAAUGGAAAGCAAUGUCAAAAAAUUGUGGUACAUCUAUCGAAUUGAAUAUGGCCAAUGGGGAUCAAAAACUUUGCCAAAUAGAUUCAUGGAGUACAGCCGAACAAGUUACAACCGAAUUAUUGAAAUCUGUUGGAUUUCAAAAUAAUCACAAUGGAUGGAGUAUUGAUUUCGAAGAUAAUUAUGGUGAUAUCUAUUCAUUGAAUGGUGAUGAUUAUGUUUUGGAUAUGGUGUCACAGAUGGAAUUAUGUCCACGUUUUCCAGCAUCGAUAAAUUAUUUUAUUGGCUGUAGUGGUCAAACCCGAAUGAAUGGCAUUAGAAAUACAAUCAAUCCAGCUCAUAAUCCCGAUCUAAUAAACAAAUUUAAUGUACGAGAAAUUCUUGAACAGAAUCACGAAAAUAAAUUGCCAAAUAAACGAGAUGUGCCUCAUCAGCAGCAUAUGUUCUUGAAAUCAAAUGUUCAACGUCAAUUGAAUCAAAAAAUGCUUCGUUCCAUGUCUGGAGAAACGUUGGUUCGUACCGAUAAUGAUGAUGGUACUGGUUUUGGUUUGGCUGUCCAUAGUAAACUGAACGAACGUUAUCUAAAAAAUGCUUGUUCAUUUGCAGCAUUCACACAUUUGAUUGAAGAAGAACCAUCGAUAGAACAAUCGGAUCAAGAAUUAAAAUUAUCGGAAAAAAGUCGUCUAAAUCAACGAUACAUAUCGAAUCCUAAUCAAAAAUCAUCGGAUUCACAAUCGAAUCAGAAAAAAUCAAAAGAACUCCGAAAUAAUCGUAAAAAUCUAUACACAAGAAAAGGUGAUAAACAAUCAGAUAAAUUGCUCAAACAUCGUUCGAUUUCUAUGCAAGAAUUGGGUUUAGCUGCAAAUUCGAAUCUAAAUAUACGAUACUUUUCACGAGAUAAAUUACAUAAAACAGCUUCACUUACUGGCGGUAGUGAUAAUGAAGAUUCUGAUUCAUUCCACAAUCAACCUGUACAUCAUUCAUUGAUGAAUUUUACUGCAAGAGAUAAUAAUUCCUCACCAUCCUCAGAAAAUGGUAAAUCUUCUCGUAAAAAUCUUCAACGACAAUCACAAACAACCAAAGAUGGAAUAGAAAUAAAUCGAUCAGGUCCUUUACCAGCACAUCGUGGUAAAUCUCCUCAUGUUAUUCGACCAGAUUCUUCCACAACAUCAUCAUCAUUUGAAUCAGAUUCAUCAUCUUGUUUGAAUGAUACUGAAUCACAAAGUUGUUCGGAUAAUAAUAAAGAGAAUCAUAAACGUUAUAAAAAGUAUUCACAAAAGCAAUCGGGUCUUUCGAAAAGUCAACAAUUUUUAUCAAAUUCAAAUCGUUAUAAAGAAUCAGCUGAUUAUAAUAAUCUUUCAAUCAAAGGCAUAUCGGCAAUGUCCGAUACAUCUGAAGCACCAUCAUUAGCAUCACAUAUACGUCAUAUGGGAAUACCAUCACAUACUUCAGAAUUAGAUCAAUAUCUUGAUGAUCUUUUCAAUCCAGUAUUGGAUGCACAAUUAGAUGAUGCAAUGAGUGAUGCACGAUCAUUAGCACAAUCAAUUAAAGGUGGUGCCAAUGAAAUUGAGCAACAUCAAAAUUCAUCACGAAUGAGUUUAACACCGCUUGAUCAUUCACAAGCUAAUACGAUUGUUGGUAGUACAAACAACCUGUCUAAUAGUCAACUACAAUUAAAUUUGGCAUCAUUAAAUGGACAAAUUGUUGAUCCUAACAUACUACAACAACAGGUUAUCCAACAGCAAAUGUAUCAAAUGCAGCAACGAGCCUUUCUGGCAUCAUCAUUACAACAGAAUCUAGAGAUUCAAAAACAAUUAUUACAACAGAAUCAACAGUUACAACAUUUACUAGCACAAACGGUUAGUUCACCACCGACACCGGCUAUCAAUGGACAGGAUUCAUUGAUGCCACGUAGUACAAGUAUGUCUUCAUUAGCAUAUCCAUUGGCAUCAUUAUCGCCGAUAUUUCCUAUACAAGCUCAAUCUACAACAGAUUUAUCCAAUGUAUCAAAUAUGAUGCGACAUGAUCGAGCGAAAUCGGUUGCAACGGAAAAACCAUCAGCCAAUGUCAAAUCAUCAAUUAACAAUGACAUGAAUAAACAAACAAAUGGUACAAGUAUAAAGAUUCUUCCAAUACCACCACCACCGCCGCCACCACCUCCUCCACCACUUUCACCCGGCACGGAUGUGUUUGGACGUGCCAAAACUGUUCGUAUUGGUAAAUGGCGAUGGCCACCACCAUCCGAAGAAAAUCAACAAUCGGGUUCAAAUUUUAUCGAAUUUAAACGUAAAAAACAAAUUGAAAAACAAUGUAAUAAUGGCAGUAACGGUAAUAAAAAUGAACGAAGUGGUAGUGAAUCUACUGAUAUUCAAUCAAUCCGUUCGAAUACGGCUGAACCAGAACAUUCAAAUAGUAAUAAUGGCUCACAGAAUAAUAUAAACAAAGCAAUAGUCAAUAAUAAUAAAAAUGUUAUUGCGGGUAAAUCUUCCAGUCAAAACAACAACAACAACAGCAGUAAUAAUUUAAAUGAAAAUAAACUAAACACCAAAGUAACAUCAGAACAACAUUACGGUCAUAAAGAAUUGGUUACAAGAAAAUAUAGUGAUAAUAAUCAACAACAACAAGUGCCUGGUAGUAUUGGUAAACUACGUAUCAGUGUAGAAAUGCGUGCCAAACUUGAACAAUUGACCAUUGAUCAAAGUGUACGAAGUUCACGAAAAGAUGGCAAAAAAGGUGUAAUACAAAGUCAAAGUAUGGAUGAUCUAGCCAAUAUGAAUUCAGUGAAAAAAUUGAGUGAACAACGUAAAGCAUUACUUGAACGACAAUUAAUGGGUUCAUUACGGAAUGGUCCACAGCCAUCAUUUAUGGAGACUACUAGCACACCGAAUAUUAAACAAUCUGUUGAUAAUAUUGUUGGUAUGCAUGCCGUAGUAGAUCCACAUACACAUCAGCCAUCAACACCAUCGUCACAACAUUUGCAACAAGCACCAGAUAAUGUUAGUUUAGUCAGCUCGAAUUAUGAACCAUCAAAUGUGAAAAAAUUCAUUAAAAAUCAUCAAAAUCCUCAUCAAUCUCAACAUCAAUUGCUUCGUAAAAGUGGUAGUCGAGAAUUUCGUGAACGACGAGAAGAAUUAGGUCCAUUUAAUCGAUUUUCGGCCGGUUCACAACAAUCAUCGAAUCCAUCAUCAUCUGUUGAUAGGCCAAUGUUUACUCCUGAUCGUUAUUUCAAAGAUGAUUUUCAUAGUGGUGAAGAUGGUGUAGGUGGCCGUCAUUCAUCCACAUCGACUGAUCGUCAUUCCUAUAGCCAUCAUCAACAUCAUCUGUCACCAAAACGAAAUUCAUCAAUGCCACCACCACCACCACCAUCAUCAUCGGAUACACCAUCCUUUGGUGAUCAUCUUGCCAAUGGCCAUCAUCAUAGUUCAGCAAGUUCAUUGAUUUCAUCUGGUAAAAAACAUCGAAUACCGGGAGGAUUUUCAUACACUGCAAUGGAUACACCAGAUGGUGAUGUUGGUCAAUCACCGAUGAAAUCUUUGGAAAAAAAUAAUAAUUUCGACUCAUCUACACUUUCACGUGAUGAUCAUCAUGAAAAACAAAUCAAAACAAAAUUAUAUCUUAAAAAUGAAAUCAAUUUUUAUGCCUACUCGAAAUGCAAAUUCCGUUUAAAGAUGCGUAAAGAAAUGUUUACACCAAGUGAAACGAUUGAAAAUCCAAUCUUAUUGGAUCUGAUAUUCUGGCAAAUAGUGCAAGAUGUCUAUCUACCAAAUUGUAUACGAUUGAAUGAUGAAGAAAGUCAACAAUUGCAAAAAUUACUGAAAUCCGAAGGCAUCCAUAGCUAUAAUCCAAAUGUAUACAGUGCUAAACCACAAUUCAAACGUAUCGUCAUUGAAAGGACAAAAGAAUUUCCCGGCUAUUUUUGUCGAUUAUAUUCAGUGAAUGGUGGGAAAACAUUGCCACAAGUUGAUUAUCUGGGCGUCACACAUGCUGCUGUUUAUUUAUUUAAAAGAGAAAAAAAUUCCAAUUCCAAACAUGAUUAUCUUUCAGUUGUGGAAAAAUUCAGCUAUGAAGAUAUUCAAGAAAUUCUAAUACCAAACAAUUGUACUUUACAAAUAUUUUUAAACAAUACCGAUCAAUGGAUUACGUUGUAUUCAAACAAGGCCAUACAAAUUCGUAAUCUAUUGGAAAAAUUCAUCCAUGAAUAUCAACAAACAAAUGUUGAAUUUGUACGUGCCAUAAAAGAUUGCCAUAAUCAAGAACCAUCUAUGCUUUCAUUUAAAAAGGAUACGAUUAUACGUGUGGUUCGUAAUAAACAUCUUCAACUUGCUAAAGGUUGGGCAUUCGGUGUAUUAGAAUUUGGUGAAAGUGGAUUAUUUCAAUUAUCAAAUGUCAUACCAUUAACACAACAACAAAUUCAAACAUAUCAACUUAGCCGUAAUCAUCAUCAACAACAAUAUCAUCAAAUGGAUGAAGAUUCAUUACGUAAUAAUGUUAAUAAUCGAUUAUCCUCAUUGGAUUCGACAACGGUUAAUGGCCAUCAUUUAAAUGGUCAUCAUCAUUAUAAUGGUAGUAAAGAAGAUGGUCAUUCAUCAAUGAAUACGACAUCAACAACGAAUGGUAGCCAUAAUAAUAAUAAUCAUCAUCAUAAUGAACUCAAUAGUUUAUGGAUCGAAAGUAGAGCGGAUCAAUUUGCCGAUGAAAAUGGUGGAACAAUCAAAAAUGGUGAUUCAACACCCAAUACAGGCACCAUGUCAUUGAAUGGUGAUACAAAUGGAAAUUUUUCAUUACUACAAUUUGCAUUGUUUAAUUUUCGUGAAAGUCUUAAUAAAUAUGAUUUACGUGGUCAUCUCAAAGAUAAUAACAAUUCAAUUCGUGGUUCAAUAAAAUUGAUUGAAAAUUUAAAAUCAAAACGUAGUUCAAAAAUUAAAAGUAAAAAUAAUACCGAUUCUACAAAUGAUUGGACGUGGAGUGAAUUUGCCAAUCUGGUUAAAUAUUCAAAGACAUCGAUUCAAUCCUCAUUAUUAAUGUUACCACCGGAGUUAAACAAAGUUUCCGUCGAAUGUUUUUCAGCAAUCAUGCGUUAUAUGGGAGAUUUACCAAUGCUUAAAAAUCAGAAUGAAGUUGAUUGUGUUUAUACAAUCCUAUUGAACUGUCAUCGCUAUCCACAGAUUCGUGAUGAAGUUUAUUGUCAACUAAUGAAGCAGACAACAAGUAAUAAAAGUCCAAAACUUGAUAGCUGUCAACGAGGAUGGAGAUUAUUUUCAAUCAUAACCGCAUAUUUUGAUUGCUCUGAAACAUUACGACCAUAUCUAUUUAAAUACCUCGAAACGGCCGCUUAUGAUAAACGUCGUGCAUUCCAUGUUACGGCAAAUAUAACAUUAAAAAAUUUAAAGAAAACAUUUAAAUUUGGUGGCCGAAAAAAUGUUCCCAGUAUUGAAGAGAUUGCAGCCAUAUCAGCUGGCCGUACAUCUAAACGACAAAUGUAUCGACUUCCUGGUGGUACUGAACGUAUUUUAAGUACAUCUUGUACGACAGUCGUGAAUGAUAUAAUUGAAGAAAUUUGUCUCAUGCUCAAUGUUACUAAUUCAUUAGAAAUGGAAGAAUUUUCACUUUAUUGUAUCAUCGAAGGAGAUCCAUUCACAAUGCCAUUGAAUAAAGAUGAAUAUAUAUUGGAUGUGACAACUGAACUAUUGAAAAAUGGUCAAUUAUUUUAUCUAAUAUUUUGUCGUUCUGUAUGGUAUUAUCCAUUAAGACUUGAUAGUCAUCUUUACAUUGAAGUUGUAUUCAAUCAAGUGGCACCCGAUUAUCUUGAAGGUCUACUCAUACAGAUACAUGGAGAAAAAUUAUCCGAUGAUAUUAUGCAACAAAUUGCUCGUAUCGCAUCAUUAUUACAUCGAGCUGCUGAAUUAGAACAAAUGCCAACAAAAGAUGAGAUAAAAUAUCUACUACCUAAACCUGUUCUAGCGUUACGGGCGAUAAAACCAAUGCAAUGGGUAGAAAUGGUUCAAAAUCAUUGGAAUGAUAUGUCAGCAUUGUCACCAAUAGAAGCGAAAGCACAAUGUUUGGACAUUUUACAGAAAUGGCCAUUAUUUGGAUCUUGUUUUUUUGCAGUCAAACGAAUUCAAAACGAUUUUCACACUCAUUUGGACCAUAUAUUGGCUCUGAAUAAAGAUGGUGUCCAUUUUCUUGAUAUGGCAACACAUGAAAAAGUUUGGCGUCAUCCAUUCUCUGAAGUGAUUUCCACACGAAAAGUUCGUUCCGAAGAUGGAACACUAUAUUUGGACAUGAAAUGUGGUAAUCUAAUGGUACAAAAAAUUACACGAAUCCAAACCGAUCAGGCUCAUGAAAUAUCUCGUUUAAUAAGCCAAUAUAUUGAAAUCGAACAACAUUUCAAAAGCGGAAGAAGUUCAUCACAACAAAUAAAUGGAAAUCAAGAGGAUAAAUCAUUGAGCGAUCAAUCAACUUGAUUUUUUCCUAUACACAAUGAACACACCUAAUAUAUUAGACAAGUGCCAUACGUUGUUCGAUUGACAUCAUCAUCAUUAUCAUCUUUUAGCCUCCAAUCUUUAUAAUUUAUCGAUGUUCGAUAGAUCGAAUAAUAAUAAUCAGAAAAAAUUGAUGAUUGUAGCGAUUGGGCCAAGGCGAUUUUGACUAUUUUGUAUCCUCUCUUCAUUCACUAUGGUCAUACCCAAUAUUUUCAACCUCCACACACACACACACACACAUUUAAUCAUUAAUUUUUUUUACCACUAUAAUACCAUGUAUUUUAUCCCAUUAUUUUUUCGAAGGUUUUUUUUCAAGUUUUUUUCUACUCCUGUCCGUAUUGUGAUUGACAGAAAGACACAGACAGAAAGGCAAUUUGCCUGAUCAUUUAUUGUACAUUUUUUUUUGUUUGUUGAUUAUUAUUAUGAUUUUCAUUAUUUUAUUUUUUAUGAUAUAUUCA